AUGGAAAGUCAACAAUGUGCCUGGUGGCAUUAUGACGAUAUCACUACCUGUGCAAAGUAUUACCUUUCGUUAUAUCCUCCAGCCGUGCUAGGCUCCAUAUCAUUCGCUGUACUUUUAUCAAAGUCUUUCAUAUCAUAUUCCAAACGAUCUAAGAAAGGUUAUCUGUUGUUGCAACCAGAAGAUUCCCCAGAAUCACAACCUCUCUUAUCUGCAAAUAAUGAAUAUGGUUCAACUGAUUACUCAAACUUAUCCAAGGAAGAACUUAAGAGGCUUCACUUUGAUAUUGCCCGUUUGCCUGAAACAAAUAUAGAUGGAACCCCACAUGGUUACCGCAAGUCAGUAUAUAAAGAUGUCUGGGAACGAUUACGUGUCUGUAUGGAAUAUGGGUUAAUAAUAAUCUCGUUGGGUCUUCAUUUGUCUCCCUUUGUUUUAAACGCCAUACAUCGAGAGUUUAAGAACCAGCCAUUGAUUCCUUUAGUUCAAUCGUUGUUUUGGUUAUAUUUGUUCAUUAUAUGUACAUUCAGAAUCAUCAAUUUGAAGAGAGUGGCAAUCAGAUUACCAAACUUAUGGGUUCAUUCAACUACUUUAUAUUUCUUCACUUUCUUCCCAAGUGCAAUUACCUUUAGGUCAGCCUUAGUUAAUCCCCGUUACUCGGCUCAAGUACGUGAAUAUUACAUUAUUGAGUUUAUCAUCAAUGCCAUCUUAUUAUACUUGAACAUGACUGCCACCGUUGGGGACAAGCCAUCUCAAUUGUAUGUUACUCCAGGUGCGGAACCUUCCCCAGAAAAUGUUUCAAGUAUUGCUUCAUUCAUUUCAUACAGUUGGUUAAAUAGCAUGGUUUGGAAAUCUUACAAGUCUCCUUUGAAGAAUGUAGAUAUUUGGGCCCUAAGAGAGGAUGAUUAUUCACUUUAUAUCCUUAAAGGAUUUGAAGCAAGUAAGUCUACUUUGAAAUUCACUUCCAAAUUAUUUGUACAUUUUAAAUUACUUUUUGCAGCACAAGCAUUUUGGGCAAUGUUGGACUCGGUGUUAAUUUUUGGACCUUCGCUUUUAUUAAAGAAAGUUUUGGAAUAUGUUGCUGAUCCUGAAGUUUUCCCAAAGAAUUUGGCAUGGACUUUUGUGUUAUUGAUGCCUUUGGUAAAAAUGUCAGAUUCUAUUUCGUCAGGUUGCUCGUUAUUUUUAGGUAGAAGAGUUUGCGUCAGAAUGAAAGCAAUCAUUAUUGGUGAAGUUUAUGCAAAAGCAUUGAGAAGAAAAAUCACUGUUACUGAAACUACUUCCGAAAAGGGCAAUGUUGAAGAUGACAAGAAAACUGGAGAAGAAACAGACGCUAGUUCUAAAACCAAUGGAGUUAAAGAAUCAAAAAAGACUGCAGAAUUGGGUGCAAUUAUUAACUUGAUGGCUAUUGAUGCAUUUAAGGUUUCUGAAGCUUGUGGAUAUUUGCAUUUCUUCGUUAGUGCAAUCUUGAUGAUCAUUAUCUGUACUGUAUUAUUGUAUGGUCUUCUUGGUUGGAGUGCACUUGUUGGUUCCUUUACAAUUAUUGUAUUGUUGCCAGUUUCUUUCAGUUUAGCCCGUUGGUUAGGUAAUUUACAAAAGAAAAUGUUAGGCGUCACUGAUAAGAGAAUCCAAAAAUUAAAUGAAACUUUCCAAAGUAUUAGAAUUGUGAAAUUCUUUGCAUGGGAAUCUAAGUUUUAUGAAAAUAUUAUGGAUAUCAGAAAAGAAGAAAUAUAUUAUUUGAGAUUUAGAUGCGCUGUCUGGUGUGCUUCUGCUUUUGUCUGGUUUAUCACUCCUACUUUAGUUACGUUAUUUUCGUUCUACUGCUAUACUAUUAUUGAUGGAAACACUUUGGAAGUGCCAAUUGCUUUCACUGCAUUAUCAUUAUUCACAUUAUUGAGAGCGCCAUUGGAUCAAUUAGCUGAUAUGGCUUCCUUAAUUAUUCAAUCUAAAGUCUCCCUUGAUAGAGUUGCCGAUUUCUUAGAUGAACCAGAAACAUCCAAAUAUGAUCAACUAGGUAAUACUCCAGGUCCAAAUGAUCCAUAUAUCGGAUUCCAGAAUGCUACUUUAUCCUGGAAUCCUCAAUCUAAGACUGAUUUCCAAUUGCGUGACAUGAGUAUUGAUUUCAAGGUUGGAAAAUUGAACGUGAUUAUUGGUCCUACUGGUUGUGGGAAAACAUCUCUUUUAAUGGGUUUAUUAGGAGAAAUGCAAUUAUUGGGUGGUAAAAUUUUCCUUCCUGGAGCAAUUCCUCGUGAUGACUUGGUUGCUGAUCCUGAAACUGGAUUAACUGAAUCUAUUGCCUACUGUUCCCAAUCGGCUUGGUUGUUAAAUGAUACUAUUAAGAACAAUAUUACCUUUGGUGCUCAUUUCAAUCAAGAACGUUAUGACAAAGUUGUAGAUGCAUGUGGAUUAACUCGUGACUUCCAAAUUUUGAGUGCAGGUGAUGAGACUGAAGUUGGUGAAAAGGGAAUCACAUUAUCCGGUGGUCAAAAACAAAGAGUUUCAUUAGCAAGAGCCUUAUAUUCUAGUUCUAAACAUUUAUUAUUAGAUGAUUGUUUAUCUGCUGUUGAUUCACAUACUGCUUUAUGGAUUUAUGAAAAUUGUAUUUGUGGACCUUUGAUGGAAGGCAGAACUUGUCUUUUGGUUUCUCAUAAUGUUGCAUUAACUGUUCAGAAUGCUGCUUGGGUUGUUGCUUUAGAAAAUGGUAGAGUUAAGAAUCAAGGUUUACCUGAAGAUUUAUUGGCUAGUGGUGAUUUAGGAGAUGAUGACUUGGUUGCAAGUUCUAUUGCUAGUUCCCGUAAUCAAUCUCUGGUUAAUUUACAAUCAUUGGAAGACAAGAAUGAGAAGAUGAAGGCUAAAGCUGCUGCCAUUGAAACAAAAUUGAAAGCUUUGGGUGGUGAACAAGAAGAAGUGAUGGCUAAAACUGAUGGUAAGCUUGUUGAAGAAGAAGGUAAAGCUGAAGGUGUCGUUGGAUCUGAAGUUUAUUUGGGAUAUGCUAAAUUAUUCGGUGGUUUCCCAGUUUGGAGUUUAUUGAUAUUCUGUUUCAUUGCUUCUCAGGGUGUUUACAUGUAUCAAACAUGGUGGUUGAAGAUUUGGUCAACAAGCAGUGAAAAUUUAACCCAAUUAGCUAUGGCUUCUAUUGGAACAAGCUAUGAUGUUAGUCAAUUACAGCAAUCAACCUUUGUUAGAACAUUUUCAGGUGUAACCAGGUUGUUUGCUAGUUCUGUCGCUACUGUUACUGCUUAUAAAGAAACACAUACAACACUUUAUUACAUUACCAUUUAUGGUGCAAUUGGUAUUGGAUAUGCUUUCACUGCAAGUUUCAGAGUUUUUGUUGUUUUCAAUACUGGUGUUAAUGCUUCCAAUAGAAUGUUUGAAAAAGUGUUACAGAAUAUUUUACAUGCAAAAUUAAGAUUCUUUGACAAGACUCCAUUAGGUCGUAUUAUGAAUAGGUUCUCCAAAGAUAUGGAAGCUGUUGAUCAAGACUUAACUCCAUUUGCAGAAGGUGCUUUUAUUUGUAUCAUUCAAUGUUUGUCUACUUUGGUAUUAAUUACUUUCAUUACUCCAGGGUUCUUGGUUUUUGCGGUCGUUAUUUCUUUCCUUUACUAUCUUGUUGGUUUCUUCUAUUUGUCAUUAUCCCGUGAAUUGCAAAGAUAUGAUUCCAUCACAAAAUCUCCAAUCCAUCAACAUUUCUCCGAAUCGCUUGCUGGUGUGGCUACUAUUCGUGCUUACGGUAUUGAGUCUAGAUUUAUGAAACAAAACUUAAAAGCAAUUGAUCAAAACAGUCGUCCAUUCUUCUACUUGUGGGUUGCUAAUAGAUGGCUUUCAUUCCGAGUUGAUGCGGUUGGUUCGAUGGUUAUGUUAUUCUCGGGUAUCUUUGUAUUGGUCUCAGUCGGUAGAAUCGAUGCCGGGUUAGCUGGUUUAUCUUUAUCUUAUGCUAUUGCAUUCUCCGAAAGUGCACUUUGGGUUGUGAGAUUAUAUGCCACAGUUGAAAUGAAUAUGAACUCGGUGGAAAGAUUACAAGAAUUCCUUAAAGUUGAACAAGAACCACCUUAUGAAAUCAAGGAAACAGAACCAAGACCAACUUGGCCAGAAGAAGGUAGGAUUUCAGUGAAGGAUGUUUCAUUAAGGUAUGCACCUGAAUUGCCUAGAGUUAUUAAGAAUGUUUCAUUUGAAGUUGAACCCUGUCAUAAAGUUGGUGUUGUGGGAAGAACUGGUGCUGGUAAAUCAACUAUUAUCACUGCAUUUUUCCGUUUCUUAGAUCCAGAAACUGGUAGUAUAACGAUUGAUGGUGUUGAAAUUAACUCUAUUGGUUUAAAGAAUUUACGUCAAGCAAUUACAAUUAUUCCACAGGAUCCUACAUUGUUUGUUGGUACGAUCAGAUCUAAUUUAGAUCCAUUUGAACAAUUCACUGAUGUACAAAUGUUUGAAGCUUUGAGAAGAGUCAAUUUAAUUUCACCAAAUGAGCAACCUUCAUCAUCCAACGAUGCUAAUGAAAAUCAAAACAAGUUCUUUGAUCUUGACAAUCCAAUUACUGAAGGUGGUGGGAACUUAUCCCAAGGUGAACGUCAAUUGGUUUGUCUUGCCAGAUCUCUUUUAAAGAAUCCAAAGGUUAUCUUAUUAGAUGAAGCAACUAGUUCAAUUGAUUAUAAAUCUGAUGCAUUAAUUCAACAAACAAUCAGAGAAGAAUUUGGUAAUGCAACUAUUUUAACUAUUGCUCAUAGAUUAAGAACGAUUAUAGAUUAUGAUAAAAUCUUGGUUAUGGAUGCUGGUAGAGUUGUUGAAUAUGACAGUCCAUUUGUCUUACUUACCAAUAAGGAUUCGUUGUUCUAUAGUAUGUGUGAAAACAGUGGUGAAUUGGAUUCUUUAUUAAAAUUGGCUAAAGAGUCAUUUAUUAAAAAGAAGAAUUCUCAAUUUAGGAAAUAA